AUGAUUGAUCUCUUACAAUUCGUACCCAAUUUACGCAAUUUAAUAGUUCGCUCCACUUGUCUGUUGACUGGACAUCAAUGGAAAAAGAUCGCUAUCGAUCAUUUACCCAAUAUUAAGAAAUUAAAAUUCGAAAUGUGUUUUAAUUUAGAGGAAAAUGGAUAUACUAAACAACAGCUUGACGAACUUUUCGAUACAUUUCGAACACCUUUUUGGAUUAAUGAACAUCAAUGGUUUGUUCGAUGUCAUUGGCAACAUUGGGAUCUUCACCACGAUACUCAAAUCUAUACUAUACCGUAUUGUUUUGAUAAACUAAUUAAUUUUCAUCAGACUAUUUGGUGUAAAUCGACUUGUCCUAAUCAUCUAGACUAUUGGUCUUAUGACAGUGUACAUACAGCAUCACUUGGACACAAUCUGGACCGAAACUGGCCGCUAUAUCCAAUGCGCCUUCCUAAGCUUACUUCACUUGUAAUAGAGUUUCCUAUGCAUCCACGUCUUUGGAAAAUUAUACCCAAUGUCAAUUAUCUGACGUCAAUGAGUGUUCGUCAAUACGGUAAUACAAAAGAAUCUGAAUUACUGUAUCUAUUCAGUCGUGCACCCAAUCUCUAUUCAUUGACAAUAAAUCGAGAGCGUACAGUAAUAUCAAUGCCAAUUAAAACUACAUCGAUUCGUAAACUGAAUUUUACAAAGUAUUCUGAUAAUGGUUCCUUCGAUAUUGGAAAAUGUUCGGCAUUGGCCCAAUCAUCAUUGGGACGGCAAUGUGAAAUUUUAACUGUUGCCAUCCAAACACGAUCCAAUGUUCUAGAUCUUGUCCAGACAAUGCCCAAUCUUCGAAUAUUAUUUUGUCACUGUCACUCAGACCGUUACAACAAUGAAUUUAUUGACUGGUUGAGAGAUCAUCUACCACCUAUGUGCACCUUUCGUAAAGUUCUAGGAUACAGUUCCGAAAUCGAAAUACUGAUUAAGAAAUAA